AUGAAAGCGCUCGGUGGGCGGGGAGGAGGCGAGUUAGCGCUGGCUUGGCUCAUCUGCUCCUCAGUGAAGCGUCUGGAGAAGCAGAGGAGAGCAGUCAUGGCUGAGAGCGAUUGGGACACUGUCACCGUCCUGAGGAAGAAGGGCCCGACCGCUGCCCAGGCCAAGUCGAAGCAGGCAAUAAUUGCAGCUCAGAGAAGAGGGGAAGAGGUGGAGACUUCCAAAAAAUGGGCUGCAGGACAGAAUAAGCAGCACACAAUAACCAAGAACACAGCCAAGCUGGACAGAGAAACAGAGGAACUGCACCACGACAGAGUGACAUUAGAAGUGGGAAAAGUCAUUUCGCAAGGCAGACAGAGUAAAGGCCUCACACAGAAAGACCUGGCCACUAAAAUUAAUGAGAAGCCACAAGUUAUUGCAGAUUAUGAGAGUGGAAAAGCUAUUCCCAGCAAUCAAGUCAUGGGAAAGAUUGAGAGAGCAAUUGGUAAGUCUCCAGUGUAUGCGUACGGUCUAGUAUGUUAUGUUGGAGCACCUUUAGGAGUAAAUGAAGAGCUGUCUGUUGCCUGUUAUAAUUCAAUGAUAUUCAUGUUCCUCUGA